CUGAGCAUCUGUACCAAACGAUGAAGGUUUUUCUCACAUUUAACGGAUUUUAUUGAAAAAUAAUAUAAAGAAUCCCGAGCCGCCAUGUACGGGUUUGUGAAUCACGCCUUGGAGCUCCUGGUUUUGAGGAAUUAUGGCCCGGAAGUGUGGGAAGACAUCAAGAGGGAGGCUCAGCUUGAUAUUGAGGGUCAGUUCCUUGUUCGAAUCAUAUAUGAAGAUGGAAAAACAUAUGAUCUAGUUGCGGCUGCAAGUAAAGUUCUCAAGAUCGAUGCAGGAGACAUCUUACAGAUGUUUGGAAAGAUGUUUUUUGAGUUUUGCCAGGAAUCGGGAUAUGACACCAUCUUACGUGUGUUGGGCUCAAAUGUUCGUGAAUUCCUGCAGAAUUUGGAUGCCUUGCACGACCACCUGGGCACCAUUUAUCCGGGAAUGAGGGCUCCCUCGUUUCGCUGCACCGAUGCAGAGAAAGGAAACAACCUGAUUCUGCACUACUAUUCAGAGAGAGAAGGCCUGCAAGACAUUGUGAUCGGCAUCAUUAAAACCGUCGCCCAGCAGAUCCAUGGAACUGAGAUAGAGAUGAAGAUGAUCCAACCAAAAAGUGAAGAGUGUGACCACAUCAAGUUCCUCAUCGAGGAAAAGGACUCGGAGGAGGAGGCGUUCUAUGAAGACCUCGAUGGUUUUGAGGAAAACGGCACACAGGAGACUCGGAUCAGCCCCUACACAUUUUGCAAGGCCUUCCCAUUUCACCUCAUGUUUGACAAGGACCUGAUGCUCACGCAGUGUGGAAAUGCCAUUUACAGAGUCCUGCCACAGCUUCAACCGGGUAUGUGUAUCCUCCCUUCAGUUUUUUCUUUGGUCCGUCCUCACAUUGACUUCAGCUUUCAUGGCAUCCUUUCCCACAUCAACACCGUCUUUGUUCUGCGAAGCAAGGAGGGCCUGCUGAAUGUGGAGACGGUGGAGAAUGAGGACGAGCUGACGGGGGUGGAGAUCAGCUGUCUGAGAUUGAAAGGACAGAUGAUUUACUUGCCAGAGGCAGAGAACAUCCUUUUUCUUUGCUCACCCAGUGUCAUGAAUCUGGACGAUCUCACGCGGAGAGGGCUGUACCUGAGUGACAUCCCACUUCAUGACGCCACGCGUGACCUGGUGCUGCUGGGUGAGCAGUUCCGCGAGGAGUACAAGCUGACCCAGGAGCUGGAGAUCUUGACGGAUCGCCUCCAGCACACGCUGCGGGCCUUAGAGGACGAGAAGAAGAAGACGGACAGGCUGCUCUAUUCCGUCCUGCCGCCAUCUGUUGCCAAUGAGCUGCGGCACAAACGGCCAGUCCCGGCGAAGCGCUACGACAACGUGACCAUUCUCUUCAGCGGCAUCGUGGGAUUCAACGCUUUCUGCAGCAAGCACGCCUCGGCCGAGGGCGCCAUCAAGAUAGUCAACCUGCUCAACGAUGUUUAUACGCGCUUCGACAUCUUGACGGACUCGCGGAAGAACCCUUAUGUAUACAAGGUGGAGACUGUUGGCGAUAAGUACAUGACAGUGAGCGGGCUGCCGGAGCCGUGCACUCACCACGCCAAGUCGAUCUGCCACCUCGCUCUCGACAUGCUGGAGAUCGCCGGGCAAGUGAAGGUGGAUGACGAACCUGUGCAGAUUACCAUUGGGAUUCACACAGGAGAAGUGGUGACUGGGGUCAUCGGCCAAAGGAUGCCCAGAUACUGCCUUUUUGGAAAUACAGUCAACCUCACAAGCCGUACCGAGACAACUGGAGAAAAGGGAAAAAUAAAUGUCUCUGAAUAUACUUACCGGUGUUUGCAGUCUGCCGAGAACGCCGACCCUCAGUUUCAGCUGGAGUAUCGGGGCCCCAUCACCAUGAAAGGAAAGAAGGACCCGAUGAAGGUGUGGUUUCUCUCCAGGACGCCCACCGACGGCACGGAGGCCGCCGCAGCUAAAGCUUGAAGGAUAAUCGCUGAAACGCCCUCGCUUUGCUUCUGUGGAGGGAUAUUUGAAGGCAGAGCCCAGAUGAAUCAAACGAAAUGACUAUCCAGAGACGUAGAGAUAUUUUUUAGUAUGAUGGAACGUUGCUUCAGCGUGUAUGUGAAACAUUAGUAUGACCCUCCCUCCUUUUCAGUUUGCCCUUAUCCUCACUAGAUUUAAUAUUUGUGCAGUAUUCAUGGAUAGUCUAGUGAAAUAGUAUGUGGUACCUUAAAGUUUGAUACAUUUUGUUUAGAAAAAGUCGCUUAUUAUAUAGAACAGGACAUCUCUUUCAAAAAAUUUGAUAUACAAAGCAUUUUCCAUCUAUUGUGAAACUUUUAUUCAAAUAUACAAAGAAUAUAUAUGUCUCAGCUUAGCCAAAAAUAAAACAUUUAAAUAUAUAUAUGUACGGUUUAUUUACAAUGCAUUAAUACACGCUUUUAGCUGUGAUAAUUUUCCAUCUUUGAGUGAAAAUGUAACUUUAGGAACAGAAUAUUGUAUAAUGUUGUGGAUCGCUGUGACAUUUAGAUCCAUUUCAUUACUGUUCUACUUUCCUACCACUUUAAAUAUGAGGAAUAUUUAGUUUUACACUGAACUUUAGACACUGGCACUGUUAAAAGAGAAAAUGAGAAUCUAGAUUUUAGAGCUAGUGUAUUUAACUAUAUUUAUUUCACUGCGUCCAACAGUUAUAAAAGAUAGUGUAUUAUGACUACAUUUCUAUGCUGCGUUGCACAUAUAGAUUUGCUAUUUAUGAACCAUUUCGAAACAUCACAAAUUAAUACAUCUGAGCCAAUCAGUGAAACUUCUGUAGUUAAGCAUCUUCUAUUAACUCAUUGAAAUAUCCCCAUGGUUAAACAUGUCUCCUCCAUUCUGCUUUAUUUCAUGUACUUAUUACGCCUCUGUAAUCACUGCACAGUCACCAUUAGUGUGUAAACAAGAUUUUUAGUUAUACUACACAGUGUUGUGAUAUUCAAUGUUUUUUUUCACAUUACUUUGUAUUUAUUCUUUUAUCCUGAAAAUAAACCUCUGUUGAUUGAAAUAUAUUGAUUUUUUUCCAAAAAGACCACAUUGAACUCUUUUAUGGAUCAAACUUCUGUAUGUGCCUCCAUGAUAUUUAUCAGUAAAAUAAAUCUUAAUCUAU